AUGUAUUAAAGAAAGAGAGUUAAAACUGUCUUGGAUUACAACAAAAUAGAAAGAGAUCUGCCCAAUUGCGAAUUAACUGAAUAAGAAAAAUCCAUUGUGGGUUAAGCCAUACGAGAAAGAAAGUUUAAUCUAAGAACAAGGGUCAAAUCAGUUAACUCGAAAGCAGAACUCUGCAAAAACUAUAGAGAAUAUGAGGAUAAGAUGAAACUCUCAAUUGCUUAAAUUGUUGAUUACGAAUACAAAUAAUCUAGAUAAAGCGUGUCAACUGUAAAACAUAGAGGUUAAUUUACAACGAUAUUUUCCAUUCAAAAACCAAAGUAUGACCCAUCUAUUGUCUAUGGAUCAUAAAAUAAUAGAAGAGUGGUUCAAGUAAAGGAAAUACUUAAAAAGCUAUGA